GGUCGUUAUGAAGAAGGUGGAGAUGUGGAGGAGUGUGAGAUAGGUCGUUAUGAAGAAGGUGGAGAUGUGGAGGAGAGCGAGAUAGGUUGUUAUGAAGAAGAUGGAGAUGUGAAGGACAGUGAGAUAGGUCGUUAUGAAGACGAUGGAGAUGUGGACGACAGUGAGAUAGGUUUUUAUGAAGAAGGUGGAGAUGUGAAGGAGAGUGAGAUAGGUCGUUAUGAAGAAGGUGGAGAUGUGGAGGAGAGCGAGAUAGGUUGUUAUGAAGAAGAUGGAGAUGUGAAGGACAGUGAGAUAGAAGGUGGAGAUGUGAAGGACAGUGAGAUAGGUCGUUAUGAAGAAGGUGGAGAUGUGGAGGAGUGUGAGAUAGGUCGUUAUGAAGACGAUGGAGAUGUGGACGACAGUGAGAUAGGUUUUUAUGAAGAAGGUGGAGAUGUGAAGGACAGUGAGAUAGGUCGUUAUGAAGAAGGUGGAGAUGUGGAGGAGAGCGAGAUAGGUUGUUAUGAAGAAGAUGGAGAUGUGAAGGAGAGUGAGGCAGGUUUUUAUGAAGAAGGUGGAGAUGUGGAGGAGAGCGAGAUAGGUUGUUAUGAAGAAGAUGGAGAUGUGAAGGACAGUGAGAUAGGUCNUGGAGAUGUGGACGACAGUGACAGAGGUUGUUAUGAAGAAGGUGGAGGUGUGGAGGAGAGUGAAAUAGAAGGUGGAGAUGUGGAGGAGAGCGAGAUAGGUUGUUAUGAAGAAGAUGGAGAUGUGAAGGACAGUGAGAUAGGUUGUUAUGAAGAAGGUGGAGAUGUGGACGACAGUGACAGAGGUUGUUAUGAAGAAGGUGGAGGUGUGGAGGAGAGUGAAAUAGGUAGUUAG